GGCAGAGCAAAUAUGAGUCAGAAACCGGCUCCUCAGGGUUGUAGCAUUAGGUGAUACACCGCUUGGGUCAUUACAUGGUAAGCCAAUGCCUUUGUUUCAUUGGGCUGGGCUCUCUCUAGAAGGUGUAUCUUUCUCAGGUGCCUGCGCUACUGAGAAAGCACUCACAGGUGUCGGCUGGACAAGCACUCAUAGGGCUUGGGCUUCUGGGGAUUUUUCUCUCAGCCAGGAAGGAUUUUAAUACUAACCAGAAAUACCUCGGGAAGAUUCAAAAAGCUGCAGAGUGAAGUAAGCCUGUGAAGAACCAGCAUGGGAAUCCUAUACUCUGAGCCCGUCUGCCAGGCGGCCUAUCAGAAUGACUUCGGGCAAGUGUGGCGGUGGGUGAAAGAAGACAGCAGCUACGUCAAUGUUCAAGAUAGCUUUAAUGGAGACACUCCUCUGAUCUGUGCUUGCAGGCGUGGCCACAUGAAAAUCAUUUCCUUCCUUUUAAAAAGAAAUGCUAAUGUCAACCUCAAAAACAAGAAAGAGAGAACCUGCUUGCAUUAUGCUGUGAAGAAAAAAUUUACCUUCAUAGACUAUCUACUCAUCAUCCUCUUAAUGCCUGUCCUGCUUAUUGGGUAUUUCCUCAUGAUAUCAAAGACAAAGCAGAAUGAGGUUCUUGUGCGAAUGCUACUUGAUGCUGGCGUCGAAGUUAAUGCUACAGACUGUUACGGCUGCACUGCAUUACACUACGCCUGCGAGAUGAAGAACCAGACUCUUAUCCCUCUGCUUCUGGAAGCCCACGCAGACCCCAUGAUUAAGAAUAAGCAUGGUGAGAGUUCACUGGACAUUGCACGGAGAUUAAAAUUUUCCCAGAUUGAAUUAAUGCUAAGGAAAGCAUCAUAAUCCUUGUGACCUCACAGAUGGACACAUAGACAAAGUUGAAGGACUGGAUUCUAGCUCCAUCUCAGACUGUUGGUCUGUGGGCCCCUCAACCUGGACGCCACUAUUUUAUGAGGAUAAUGAUGGUUGCUGUGGGUAAUGUUUUUGAAGAGCUUUUUAUUUCCAAUAUUUUUUGCUUAAUUGAGUUCAUCAUGGCCAUAAUCCUGCUAAGAGAAACACUAAGGUUGUUGGAGUCUCCAUUUCAGUCAAAAACUGAUAUUUCAGCCAGGUGCAGUGGCUCACACCUGAAGUCCCAGCUACUUGGUAGGCUGAGGUGGAAGGAUCACUUCAGCCCAGGAAUUCAAGACCAGUCUGGGCAACCUAGCAAGACCCUGUCUCCAACAACAACAACAACAACAACAGCAGCACCUGAUGUUUCAAUCUCAGUCUCUCCUGAAGAAGAGGAUCAGACUUGUCUUCGGAGACAGGUAUUCUCUCUUCCAAGUUGCAUCACUUUACAAAGAGAGUGUCUGGUCUAUGCCAUACCCUAGGAGACAAACUGUCCUCUCAGGCCCCUUUGACCACUGAGAGGAAGAAACAAAGUAUGUAUCCUUGUAUAGAAUGGUAUGUAGAUGUGGGUGAGUUUAGAGAGUCACAUGUAAACAUUCCUUUGAUGAAACAACUUCAAUAAAAAACAUCUGUCAGGUGUUAGUGGUGGGUGUGUUUACAUCACAGAAAUUGGAAAUUGAUAAUUCAGUACUUUUUUUUAAGUUUCCAGAGAACUGGUUUACCAGCAUACCACUAGAAAUGUCUAUCAUCAAAAUGUUUGUUUUAAAAAAUAUCUUCAUGACCCUCUUGUAAAUACAAGGUGGCUACCAAACUUGUUUGUUCUGUUUAUUUUUAUUGAUAAAAUUUAAAACAUUAUUGUAGCUUAUUUGGUUAAAGGACUUCUUCACAAGUAAUAGAGCUACCUAAUGAGGUAGCAUCUGGAUUAUAUUUCUGAGUGAGAGAUUGUGAAUAUCAAAAUAUCUGUCUCAUUUCCUUUGUGAACGAGACAGAGUGAAAUAAAUACACUUUAAAAAUAUGAUCAAAUUUUGCAAAAUCAAGACUGAAUCAUGCAUAGCUGUAGACAUAGACUAAUCUACACUAUAUGUAGCAACACAUACAGUCUAAGAAUGAAAGAUUUAUCAUCCUUGAACAGAACAAAGGUAUAAUAAAGAUCAAAUUCAGCAGUAUUUACUGAAUUGUGUACAGGCCCUAAAGAUACACAUUUUAUGAGGGAAGCAGUUUGUAGAUAUAGAUUCUGAAGCCUUUAAAUGCCUCUUAAUAAAUUAUUUAAGAUUGAUUAGCAUUGAACUGAGUUACCAGGUAUCUCUGGGGGACAUAAAAAACAAGUGCACUUCACACACACAGUGCACCUUUGACACACACCAGCAUUAUCUUCAAUUUGGUUUCAGAGAUUUUGUAAAAUAGUACUCAUGUAAUUUACAACUGCCAUCUUUGAAACUGUGUAAAAAUUGAAAAAUUUUCUAAAGAAAUAAAUACAGGUUUGUGAAUGAGUUGGA